CCUCAAUGUAGUAAACGUUUAAGGCGAGUAGAGUGGUAGAUGGUAAACAUUUGCAAUUUGUUGUUGGAAACAGAAAUCAUAUCGGUUAUCAAGGUGAGCUGCAAGAAUGUCUCAGAAUACUAUACAGCCUAUACAGCAACAGCCAGGGGGCAAUCCCCCUCCACCACAGCAAUAUGAACCUGCCCCAGUUAGUCAGCCAAUUGGCAUGCAACCAAUGGGUGGACAGCAGCCAGUAUCUGGCCAGCCUCAGGGAUUCAUGGAGAAGCCAGCCGGAACAGCAGGAUGUCCCCCUGGACUCGAAUACCUGACCCUCAUAGACCAACUCCUGGUUCAUCAACAGGUUGAAAUGUUGGAAGUUAUCACUGGAUUUGAAACCAAAAACAAAUACCAAAUCAAGAACUCAAUGGGUCAGCAGAUCUACUUUGCCCAGGAGGAAUCGAGUUGCUGUGAAAGACAAUGCUGCGGACCUCAGAGAGGAUUCAUAAUGCACAUUACAGAUAACAGCGGAAAGGAAGUAAUAACAUGUACAAGAGAAUUCAAGUGUUGUGCUGGAUGUUGUUGGUGCGCUUGUUGUGAUUGUGGUGCCAUGACAUUGAAAGUUGAAGCCAAUGGUGAAUUCUGUGGAAUGGUGAGACAGACAUGUAGUAAAUGGUCUCCAAGAUACCAAAUACUUGAUGCCCAAGAUCAAACCAUAUUUGAUAUCCAAGGACCAUGUUGUGUCUGUGAUGGGCCCUGUUGUCCAAUGGAUCAGGAGUUUAUGCUGUUGUCAUCCAACACUGGAGAUGAGGUUGGCAAGAUCAGUAAGCAAUACACUGGCUUUGUGAAGGAAGCUUUCUCCACUGCAGAUAACUUUGGAGUGAAUUUUCCCAUGGAUCUUGAUGUGAAAAUGAAAGCAGUGAUGAUUGGAGCAGUUUUCCUUAUUGACUUCAUGUUCUUUGAGGAGAAAGAUAAUGGAGGAGAAGGAUAA